AAUAUCUAGUGUAGAUUGAGUCCUCAGUGGGAUUGAGCAAAGGAACAGUAGCAAGGAUAUGCCAAUUUCUAUUGUUCCAAGUUGUCAUGUUUCAGUGCCCAAAGCUACUGCCCAAGUUUGUGGGUUUAAUUUGAAUCAAAAUAAGCCCAACUCAAGACGGAGGGAGACAUGCAGUGUGAUAAGAUGUUGUGAUAAAAGGGUAGGAGAAACAGCAAGAAAAGAGAAGAAUUACUAUGAGUUGCUGGGAGUUUCAGUUGAUGCAAAUGUGCAAGAUAUCAAAGAGGCUUAUAGGAAGUUGCAGAAAAAGUAUCAUCCUGAUAUUGCAGGCCAACAGGGUCAUGAUUAUACCCUGAUGCUCAAUAAGGCUUACAAAGUGCUGGUGAAAGAGGAUCUGAGGAAAGAUUAUGAUGCUUCAAUCGGUCAAAUGAGACUGCACGUUGGCAGAAACGGCUUGGACUCUGCACGUUACAGCUCAUGGAAUGGACCAUUGAGACCACAAGCUCUAUUUGUUGAUGAAAAUGCAUGCAUAGGGUGCAGAGAAUGUGUACACCAUGCCAGUAACACAUUUGUAAUGGAUGAAGCUAUGGGAUGUGCACGAGUGAGAGUUCAAUACGGGGACAGCGAUGAAAAACUCGAGGUAUAA